ACGCAGUACGGUCCCCGGGGCGACGGCGGCAGCGGCGGCUCUUCGGGGUGCUCGGCUCCCUCCCAUCUAGGCCGGCCCCGGCCCGUCUCGUCCUCCGAAACUCACUGUUUGGGGCCGCGGACUUUCUUGUGCCCCACGAAAGUGAAGCUUGGGAACCUGGGGGGAGCCGGAAGUUCCGCCUCGCGUUCUCCAAAUACUGUCAGGGAAACGGAAGUGGCCGUCGGUGGCAGCUUGGAGGGUUUCUGGGGCCCUUCUAUCGCGACCGGUGAUGACACUGGAAUCGUGCUUCCUUCCCUGCUUCCCAGCCCGACUGACCCUAUCUUGUGAUUGGCAUCGUGGAGCCCCUCCCACCUCCGGUCGCCCAACUUCCUUUGCCAAAUCUGUAGACCAUGGAGCCCAAUAAUAGUACCAGUAACACUGUGGAGGACCCUGAAAACCUGGAGGUGCUGGUGAAGACCCUCGACUCUCAGACUCGGACUUUUAUUGUGGGGGCCCAGAUGAAUGUAAAGGAAUUUAAGGAGCACAUUGCUGCCUCUGUCAGCAUCCCCUCUGAGAAACAACGGCUCAUCUACCAGGGACGGGUUCUGCAGGAUGAUAAGAAGCUCCAGGAAUACAAUGUUGGGGGAAAGGUUAUCCACCUGGUGGAACGUGCUCCUCCUCAGACCCAGCUCCCUUCUGGGGCUUCUUCUGGGACAGGGUCUGCCUCAGCCACCCAUGGUGGGGGACCCACACUUGGUACUCGGGGGCCUGGGGCCUCUGUUCAUGACCGGAAUGCCAACAGCUAUGUCAUGGUUGGAACCUUCAAUCUUCCUAGUGACGGCUCUGCUGUGGAUGUUCACAUCAACAUGGAACAGGCCCCGAUUCAGAGUGAACCCCGAGUACGGCUGGUGAUGGCUCAGCACAUGAUCAGGGAUAUACAGACUUUACUAUCCCGGAUGGAGUGUCGAGGGGGGUCCCAAGCACAGCACAAUCAGCCGGCUGCGCAGACACCAGUUGUGGCCCCAGAGCCAGUAGUCUUGAGCUCUCAGACAUCAGAACCAGUCGAAAACGUAGUGUCUCCUCGGGAGCCCAUGGAGGCGGAAGAAGUGGAGGAGCGUGCCCCAGCCCAGAGCCCGGAGCUCACCCCUUCUGGCACAGCCCCCGCGGGACCAACACCUGCCCCAGAGACAAAUGCUCCCAACCAUCCUUCCCCUGCGGAGUACGUCGAGGUGCUCCAGGAGCUCCAGCGGCUUGAGAGCCGCCUUCAUCCCUUCCUGCAGCGCUACUAUGAGGUUCUGGGUGCCGCUGCCAGCACAGAUUACAACAAUAAUCAAGAGGGUCGAGAAGAGGAUCAGCGCUUGAUCAACUUGGUGGGGGAGAGCCUGCGGCUGCUAGGCAACACUUUUGUGGCUCUCUCUGAUCUGCGCUGUAAUCUGGCCUGUGCGCCUCCACGACACCUGCAUGUGGUCCGUCCUAUGUCUCACUACACCACUCCCAUGGUGCUUCAGCAGGCAGCCAUCCCCAUCCAGAUCAAUGUGGGGACCACUGUGACCAUGACUGGGAAUGGGACUCGACCCCCACCUACUCACAGUGCAGAGGCAUCUCCUGCUGGCCCUGGACAGGCCUCAUCCUUGGCUCCCUCUUCUGCCACUAUUGACUCAACUGAGGGGGCACCGCCCCCAGGGCCAGCUCCCCUACCAACCACCAGCCACCCAAGGGUCAUCCGGAUUUCCCACCAGAGCGUGGAACCCGUGGUUAUGAUGCACAUGAACAUUCAAGGGCCACUCUCUCUUUCUUCCUGCCCAGAUUCUGGCACGCAGCCUGGUGGAGUUCCGAGUGCUCCCACUGGCCCUCUAGGACCCCCUGGUCACGGCCAGACCCUGGGCUCCACCCUCAUCCAGCUGCCCUCCCUGUCCCCUGAGUUCAUGCACGCCGUCGCCCACCAGAUCACUCAUCAGGCCAUGGUGGCAGCUGUUGCCUCCGCGGCCGCAGGACAGCAGAUGCCAGGCUUCCAGGCAGCUCCAACCCGGGUGGUGAUUGCCCGGCCCACUCUUCCACAGGCUCGGCCUUCCCAUCCUGGGGGACCCCCAGUCUUGGGGACUCUGCAGGGUGCUGGUCUGGGUACCAACACAUCUUUGGCCCAGAUGGUGAGCGGCCUUGUGGGGCAGCUUCUUAUGCAGCCUGUCCUUGUGGCUCAGGGGACCCCAGGAAUGGCUCCACCUUCAGCUCCUGCCACUGCAUCAGCCAGUGCUGGCACCACCAACACAGCUACCACAGCUGGCCCUGCUCCUGGGGGGCCCACCCAGCCCCCUCCCCCUCAACCCUCCACUUCUGAUCUGCAGUUCUCUCAGCUCCUGGGGAACCUGCUAGGGCCUGCAGGGCCAGGCACUGGAGGGCCUGGUGUGGCUUCUCCCACCAUCACUGUGGCAAUGCCUGGGGUCCCUGCGUUUCUUCAGGGCAUGACUGACUUCUUGCAGGCAACACAGACGGCCCCUCCGCCUCCUCCACCACCCCCACCUCCGGCCCCAGAGCAGCAGACGACACCCCCACCAGGGUCCCCUUCUGGUGGCACAGGGAGUCCUGGAGGCCUGGGUCCUGAAAGCCUGUCACCGGAGUUCUUUACCUCAGUGGUGCAGGGAGUGCUGAGCUCUCUACUGGGCUCCCUCGGGGCUCGGGCUGGCAGCAGUGAGAGCAUUGCCGCUUUCAUACAGCGCCUCAGCGGGUCCAGCAACAUCUUUGAGCCUGGGGCUGAUGGCGCUCUUGGAUUCUUUGGGGCCCUGCUCUCACUGCUGUGCCAGAACUUCUCUAUGGUGGAUGUGGUGAUGCUUCUCCAUGGCCAUUUCCAGCCACUGCAGCGGCUCCAGCCCCAGCUGCGAUCCUUCUUCCAUCAGCACUACCUGGGUGGCCAGGAGCCCACACCUGGUAACAUCCGGAUGGCAACCCACACGUUGAUCACUGGACUAGAAGAAUAUGUUCGGGAGAGUUUUUCUUUGGUGCAGGUUCAGCCAGGUGUGGAUAUCAUCCGGACAAAUCUGGAAUUUCUCCAAGAGCAGUUUAAUAGCAUUGCUGCUCACGUUCUGCAUUGCACAGACAGUGGAUUUGGGGCCCGUUUGCUGGAGUUGUGUAACCAGGGCCUGUUUGAAUGCCUUGCUCUGAACCUGCACUGCCUGGGGGGCCAGCAGAUGGAGCUAGCUGCUGUCAUCAAUGGCCGGAUUCGUCGCAUGUCUCGUGGGGUGAACCCAUCCUUGGUGAGCUGGCUGACCACUAUGAUGGGACUGAGGCUUCAGGUGGUCCUGGAGCACAUGCCAGUAGGCCCUGAUGCCAUCCUCAGAUACGUUCGCAGGGUUGGGGAUCCCCCACAGCCACUUUGUGAGGAGCCAAUGGAAAUUCAGGGAUCAGAAAGAACUUCCCCUGAGCCUCAGCGGGAGAAUGCUUCCCCAGCCCCUGGAACAACAGCAGAAGAGGCUAUGUCCCGACGUCCACCUCCUGUCCCUGAGGGGGGCUCCCGAGAUGAACAGGAUGGAGCUUCAGCUGAGACAGAACCUUGGGCAGCUGCAGUUCCCCCAGAAUGGGUCCCUAUCAUCCAGCAGGACAUUCAGAGCCAGCGGAAGGUGAAACCGCAGCCUCCCCUGAGCGACGCCUACCUCAGUGGAAUGCCUGCCAAGAGACGCAAGACGAUGCAGGGUGAGGGCCCCCAGCUGCUUCUGUCAGAGGCCGUGAGCCGGGCAGCAAAGGCAGCCGGAGCUCGGCCCCUGACGAGCCCUGAGAGCCUGAGCCGGGACCUGGAGGCACCAGAGGUUCAGGAGAGCUACAGGCAGCAGCUCCGGGCUGAUAUACAGAAGCGACUGCAGGAAGACCCCAACUACAGCCCCCAGCGCUUCCCUAAUGCCCACCGGGCCUUUGCUGAGGAUCCCUAGCUCCUUGCCCCACCCUCAUCAGGGGACCAUUUCCCCCCUCUUCCCUUACAGUAUUUAAGAAAUAAAAGUCAGAUUUU